AUGAGCGCAGAGCGGGACAGGCAGAGAGCGUUUGAGAUGGUGGCAGCGUGGCAGCGGGAGCAUCUGCGGCAGCUACAGCAGGCGGAGGAGAGGCGGCGGCAGCGCAGCGAGGAGGUGCAGCGCAUGAAGGACGGCAUGCGCCGCCUCCACUCCCACCUCGCCCUCCUCAACUUCCCUCAGUCUGAUAGCCCUGGGGGAAGAGGUGGGGUAGCUGGGCCUGGGGCGGGUAGGCUGGCGCAGCAGCAUCAGCAGCAGCUGCUGCAACUGAUGCUUGCACGGGGGAGGGUAGGAGGAGGGGGAGGAGGGGAGAGGGGAGAGGGAGGAGCAGGAGGAGGGCGGGGGGGGGUGCAGGGGAGUGGAUGGCAGGAUCUGUCUUGUGAUUCGUCAGAAGCUGCAGUUGUUAGGAAUGAGGUCCAGAGUGGUGCAGAUGGUGCUGGUUACGGUGGUGGUGGUGCUGCUGCAGCUGAGUUUGCCACUACCACCACCACCACUGCUCGUGCCACAUACCACCUCCCCCAGUCAACCCCCUCACGCGCAGCAGGUCAACCCCCUCCCACUGCCCUUCUCCCUCCCCCUGCACUCUCCUCUCCUCACCCCAUACCAUCCAGUACCUUAUCCACUCCGUCGCCCUCCCCCACCUAUUACCUUCCUCCGCUCUACCCCCCUCCUUCCACCGCCUCCUCACCAGCUGUACCUCCCCCAGCUGGCCCCUCCCCCGUGGGUCCUGUGCUCACGGUCGGCACAGGCGCCGCUAGCAGCCGAUGGAAGCGGGCGGCAGGGGGCCUGGUUGGGCGGCGGAGCGGACGGCUGAUUCCGGCUGGUAUGCAGCAGAUGAUCGGCCAGGGGGUGGCUCAGGUGCAAUCCAUGGUGAUUGCGGGGUUAGAGGAUCUGCUGGGUUUGGAUUCGGAAGGAGCGGAGAUUGGUGGAGCGGGGUUGAGUGCGGUGAGAAGUGAUGGAGGUGGUGGCGGGGCAAGCAGGCUCGGGUUGAGCGUGGUGGAGAGCGGUGGGAUGGGAGUCACAGGUGUGGGGAGUGAAGGGUUGAGCAGCUCUGGUGGUGGUCUUUAUGAGGGUAGCCUGGGUAGGCUAGAUGGGGGGAGUGUUGGCGUUUCAAGUGUGGGUGUUGUUUCGAAUGCCAGGCCGCGCAGCAGUAGCUGCAAUUGGCCUGAUCCCUCUUCUAGUGAGGGGACUCAAACUCCGGUGGGUGAUUCUGACUCACAAUCUCAGCGGCUGGAAGGUGAGAGUGCGGGGGUCGUUGCAAGUGCCAGGCCGCGCAGCAGUAGCUGCAAUUGGCCCGAUCCCUCUUCUAGUGAGGGGAAGGAGGGAGGGCUAGACUGUUUGAGUGCAGCACAGAGCUCUGAUAUCCUCCUUAUAAGCAGUGAGGUGGAUGUGUCAGCAGUGGCUGAUGCGCUAACAGCUGUGCUAGAAGAAGGACCAGACACUUCGAGUGCAGUGCAGAGCCCUGAUAUCUUCCCAGAAACACGCCCUGCCAGCAGUGAGGUGGAUGUGUCAGCUGUUGCCGAUGCGCUGCCAGCUGUGCUAGAAGAAGGAUCGGGCCAAUCAGACGCCAGUGCUGUUCGGAGGGACGUUUUGGGGAAGGAGAUUGUAGAGGAGGGGGCGGUGACGGGUGAUGGCGGUGUGGGAGCAUCAGGGUUUGCAGGAGAGCGAAUGGGAGCAGGAGAGCGAGUGGAAAAGAGGGGGUUGAGUGCUUCUGAGGCUGCUGCUGCUGCUGCUUCCAUAGCAGCAGGAGGAGGGUUUCAGCCAGCAGCAGCACCGUCUGCUUUUGAGAAUUCUGACAAGCCAUUGAGUGCACCAGAGGCUGCUGCUGCUGCCAUAGCAGCAGGAGGAGGCUUCCUGGAAGCUGCAGAAGCAGCUGCAGCUGCUGUGUUGAGUCGGCACGGGUUGAGCGUAACAGCAGGAGAGGGGAAGGGGCCAAGGGGGAGGGAUUGGGGGAGCGGAUUUGGAGGAGGGGGAGUUGCAAUGGGGGAAGCGAUGGGUCAAGGCAUGGGAGGAGAACGGACAGGAGAAUGGAUGGUCGAAAGGACAGGUGUAACAGCUGCAGCAGCAGAAGGACCAGCGGUUGGUAACAAUGUAACCACCACCUCCCUUCCCUUCUCCUCCUCCUCCGCCCCCACCACCACUCCCAUUGCCGCCACCUUUCCUCCUCCCUCUCCCUCCUCCCCCUCCCGCCCCCGGGCCUUCUCCCGGCUGCGAUGGCUCCUCCACGCCAACAGCGAUGUGGUAACCGGCGCGUUCAUGGUAACCGCGUUCUGCUGGAACCUCUCUCUCUCCACCCUCGUGUUCCCGCUCGCGCUCUUCCUGUACGCGCUCGUGUCGAACCCGUCUCCCGGGCCGAGGUUCUGGAGGGGACUGCUGGUUUACUCUGAGGUGCUGAUCGCAUUGGAGUAUUUGUAUCAGAUCCCCACGCAUGAUGGGUGUACGAGCCGGGCCGGGGGGAAUGGGGCGGGAGGGAGCGGGAAAAAGGGAGGGGGCGGCGGAGGGGGUGGUGGAGCAGGAGGAGGAGGAGGAGGGGGAGGGGGAGGGUUUGCUGGGUGGAUAGGGGCUGGGUUCGGUAUGGAGGGGUGGGAUCGGUUGUUUGCUCUGUUGGGCGUCCGGCCCUACCCGAGCUGGUUCGUGUGGAACGUACUUCCUCUCUUUGCGGUCUACCUCGCUCUGCUUGUUCAGACCGCCAUCUGCCAGCGAAACAGCCAGUCUAGGAGUGCUAAGGAGUCUAUGGUUUCUGCGGAGGCUAGAAGCUCUGUGAGGCUUGCCAGACCAGAGGAGGAGGAAGAGGAUGAUGUCAGGUUCGGAAGUGACCGAGGCUCAGAUGGUGGCUCAGGCCGAGCUGAACAGGGAGAGGUUGGUGGUUUCUGGGGUUGGUUGAAGGGAGCUGCGAGGGUGGUUGGUCGGCUGGUUGGGGUCAGCCAGGCUGUUCACGUGCACGCUUGCGUGGACUGCGAUGCUGACGUGGACGAUGCUGACAGGGAUCAUGAUGCUGACGUGGAGGCAGCUUCGCCUCUGCUGGGACACAGCACGCGUGCAUCCACGUUCCCGCACCCGGACGGGUGGACGGCCAAUCAGAUGCUUCCAGGUGUCAUCGAGGGAGCGUUCAACUUUUUGCUAGCGCAUGCUGAUGGCGUGGCAGCACCUGCUGAUGUGGCAGUGCCUGCUGACGUGGCAUUGCCUGCUGAUGUGGCAGGAGCUACACAGAGAAGAGGAGGCCACGGUGGAGGAGGCAGAAGGGAGAUAGACCUAUACCCCUACAUCUUCUGUAUCGACAUACUCGCUUUCUUCUAUGUCGGGCUCUUCUACCAGUCGGCCGUGCGAGACAGGUCGCCCUUUGAGGAGGUCAUUCACACGGGGGACCAGUUCCCCUCCACCUACGUUGCGGUUCUCAUGACGCAGUUCUUCCUCAUAGUCACCAACCGCAUCCUCUAUCUGGUCUUCUCCGCCCCGCUGCGCAUCCUCUACCACCUCACCUCGCUCCUCCUGCACCUCGGCUACCCCAUGCGCCUCUUCUGGAACGCCAACCUCAUCACGCAGUUCUUCCUCAUAGUCACCAACCGCAUCCUCUAUCUGGUCUUCUCCGCCCCGCUGCGCAUCCUCUACCACCUCACCUCACUCCUCCUGCACCUCGGCUACCCCAUGCGCCUCUUCUGGAACGCCAACCUCAUCGCCUCCCACAACACCAUCCGGGCUUACCUCGCCAUCAAGUCCAUCUCCCUCGCGCUCUCUGCGCUGCAGCUGAAGCACGGUCCGCCAGGGCCGGCGAGCAAGGCGACGCCGUUUCUGACAAGGAGGGCCACGUGGCUGAGGUGGCAGCUGUUCCGGGUUUACCGCAUGCUGCCGUUUCUCUACGAGCUGCAUCUGAUUCUCGACUGGUGGUGCACCAAAACAACUCUGCCUCUCUAUGAUUGGCUCAAGCUGGAAGACAUAUACGCUGGUUUCUACCUCGUCACUUGCGAUCGCAAGAUAGCGCGGGCGGGGCACAGGCGACAACACACCCCUGCGCCUUCUCUCCCCAUGUCUCUGCCUCUAGAGGACAUCUACGCCAGUCUCUACCUCGUCACCUGUGAUCGCAAGAUAGCGCGUGCCGGGCACAAGCCGGGGCAGCCGCAGGGGUGGGGGGUGAAGCUCAUGGGAGGGGCCUUCUUCUUCCUCGCUUUAGUCACAGUCAUCUGGGCGCCCAUGCUGAUCUACAGCAGCGGCAACCCCGCCAACUACCCCAAUCUGGUGACAGACGUGCGAGUCAACCUGGUCCUGCAGACCUGCUCCGGCUCCUUCCCCAUCUUUGAGGGCGGGCAAGAGCGCCUGCUGCUGGACCCGCUUCUCAACCCAGGGCCCGCAACCCCCUUCCAGCUCACGGGUGUGGAUUCACAGCAGCUGCAGGAGAUGCGUUUCCUGGAAGGUUCCUUUACGGAUGUUGCAGAGGAAGGUUCCUUUGCUGGCCGUGAGAAGGAAGGUUUGGAGGAUGCUAAGGAAGGUGCAUUGGACCACGGUUUGGCCGCUGACAGCAAUUCUGAUGUUCAGUUACCACCAGCAACCACACAGUCUCCCCCUCUUUCCCCCGCCUCUCCGCCCCUCCCUCCGCCCUCUCCUCCCCUCGCUCCUCCCUCUCCCCCACCCCCACCUCUAAUCCCCUCCUGGAACGUCUCAGACGAUCCUGUACUGAAUUCCACGGGGUAUUUACCUGUCGAUAUGCGCCUGGUGUGCGUUUACCCCGACUCCCUCUCCCUCUUUCAGCUGACACCCCCUGCUGAGAGCCGCCUCAGAGAAGCACUUAGAAGGUCGGCCACAGGAGGGGGAGGCGGCAGAAGCACGAGGCGAAGGGUAGGCGGAAAGUAUAGACUGAGUGGAGGGAGUGUAAGAGAUCUGUCAGGAGCAUCACACCUAGCAGUAUCCUUCCCGUAUCACCCAAUUCAACCCUCACUCUCUUCCAUCCAACCAGCCUCCUCCCGUCGCUCCCUCCAAGCCUCAUCCCGAGCUUCCUCCCAAGCCUUCUCCCGAGCCUCUCUCUCUGGUCCGCCGGACCCAUGUGCGCCGAGCCUGAUCGUCCAAUGGUGGUUCACGCGCCCCCGCCCCAUCCGAAGGGAAGUGGCAUCAUGGGAGGAGGUCUAUUCCGGCCUGCCCCCCGCGCUGCUGGCUGAUGGGUUGCUGGGGAUACUGGAGGGGAGGAAGGGACCUGCUGGUGGUGGAGGAGCUAUGGGGUUGCUACUUCCGGAGUUAUAUCCGGUCUACUGGAAGCUUCCUGGGUUUGGCAAGGCAAGAGAGCUGGAAGCUUCCAAGGUAAGGCUAAGGCUGACUCUAAGCGUGUGUGUCUGGGGGCAUUCACUGGUGGUGGGUGCUGUAAUGUGGUUCGAUCCGCCUGCUGCCUACAACUGCAGGAUGACUCCUCUAGCAGCAGCAGCAGCAGCAGCAGCAGCAGCAGCAACAGCGGCGGCGGCAGCAGUGGCAGUGGUAACAGUCGUUGGUGGGUGCUGCAUUGUGCUCCUCUCCCUCCUGACUCCACCGGUACUCUCGGUGUGUGUUCUUACAACACAUCGCAAAGUGCUACCCUUUCCCGUGCCGGCAUUGGCUGGGGCAGCAGCAGCAGCAGCGGCGGCGGCGGCGGCGGCAGCAGCAGCAGCAGCAGCAGCAGCAGCAGCAGCAGCAGCAGCAGCAGCAGCAGCAGCAGCAGCAGCAGCAGCAGCAGCAGCAGCAGCAGCAGCAGCAGCAGCAGCAGCAGCAGCAGCAGCAGGAGCGUAUGGGACAGUGUCCAAUGGGGCAGGAGAAGGGGGUUAA